AUGGUGUACGAUUAUACUGAGUAUCGAGUUCUGAAUGAUAGCAUAAAGAUUUGUAACUCCACUGAUAACUACGUGCGGAAUAUUUGGAAAGUACGCAAUAAAUGGGUAAAGGCAACAAUGCAUCAAAAAAGUUUCAAUAAACCCAUUAGAGAGCUUCAGUGGUUGUACCGUCAGUAUUACACUGUGAAUAAGCAGUUCACUGUCUAUUUCGCAGCUACGAGUCAAUAUUUCACAAGAAAUGAUUAUGGGGUGGGGGACGGUAAACCUUCUAUAUGCAAAGAAAAUAUCAAACCCACAUCAAUAGAGUAUACCCAGGAAGAUAUAUUAAUGUGCAACGAUUCAAUCAUCAGUAUAAAAUACGAUGAUGAAUACAAACUUCGGACUGACUUUUCAAUACUCUAUAAGAACAAGGUGUACGAUUAUAUUCAGUAUCGAGUUCUGAAUGACGGCAUAAAGAUUUGUAACUCCACUGAUAACUACGUACGGAAUAUUUGGAAAGUACGCAAUAAAUGGGUAAAGGCAAGAAUGUAUAAAAAAAGUUGCAAUAAACCCAUUCGAGAGUUUUGGUUGUACCGAGAGUAUUACAUUGUGGAUAAGCAGUUCACUGUCUAUUCGGGAGGUGAUGGUGAUUAUUUUACAAGAAAUGAGUAUUGGGUGGAAGACGGCAAACUUAAAAUAUGCUACGUAAACAAGAGACCCGAUGCAACAGAGUAUACCCAGGAAGAUCUAUUAAUGUGCAAAGAUUCAAUCAUCAAUAUAAAAUACGAUGAUGAAUACAAAGUUCGGACAGACUUUUCAAUACUCCAUAAGAAAAUGGUGUACGAUUAUACUGAGUAUCGAGUUCUGAAUGAUAGCAUAAAGAUUUGUAACUCCACUGAUAACAACGUACGGAAUAUUUGGAAAGUACGCAAUAAAUGG